GGAUUAUGGUGCAAGCCAAUCCCUGGAAUUAGAAGGGAGGGGAAGCGAGCUGUGGCGUCCACUUCCUGCCGUGGCUGUGGCUGGUUGGCUUCCCGUUAGCUUACUUUUCAGCUGAGAAAAACAAGCUGGGAAGAAGAGUUUGGGAAGAAAAGUUAGGACUGGCAAAUACCCCAGGCUUUCUCGAGGAGGAGCAGGGCUCACAUGUGAUGUGGAGAUGAGCUGGCCGGGACUCAGCUCCAGGAAAGUGCUGCGUUGGGCCUUCUGGGCUCUGUGCACGGAGCUUGCUGACUGCAGCCCGGAGGGAGGGGAGGUUCCUGGCGAGGCCGGGGCACCAGCUGGAAAACUUCAGCUGGGCUUGGGGGGAUGGGCGGGAACCCUGCAUGGGUGGUCUCUGCUGCAUAUCCACUCGGAGUGGAGUAAGUUGGGGUCCUGGGGGCUGAGACAGGGCCCCUCCCACAGCAGGAAGCAGCCCAGAAACCAGUGAGGGUGAAGGCGCUGGUGGGGCUUCCCAAUAAGCCGCCCCACCUCCCAGUGUGUGUGAAUGUGCGUGUCUGUGUGCCUGCGUCUCUGCGUGGGUAUAGUGCUCGAGAAUUCGUGUCCGUGUUUUGUGCUGGUGUGUGUCUCUGACAACACAUGACAGAAGAAGUCCAGAGGGGAGUGACAUCUUGUUGGGAAACCUCUCCUGGCAUCCUGGCUGGCUCUCUGUUCUUGCCAGGAUCACAGAACAGACCAGUGUCACUGAUGAGGUCACAGAACACUGCCAGGACCCUGGUGACCAUGGGGAGCCCAGCGACCAGCUGGGCUGUGGCCAGCUAGGGGGCUUCUGCACAGCCCAAGCCAGCUCUCAACGACCAGCUGGAGCACUGAGACCCUGGGCGCUCGUGUCAAACCAUGAAACGCCACUUCACAGACCAUAGGGGCCAAGAGUCACCAACUGAUGGGACCAGCCUCAGCUUGGCCAGCCCGGAUUCCACAGAGGAGAGCUUGGACAUGUGCUGGCCAGGCGCCAUGAAGAGAGAAGGGAGCUCUCCGAGGCCGGGGCCUGCCCUGCCCUGCGGGGAGGACGCCUGCUGGAAGGCCAGGGCGCGCCGCCUGCUGAGCUGGAGCAGCUCGUCCUCGCAGUCGUCCUCCUCCUACCAGUCCUACUCCCAGUACCAGUCCUGCUGCUCGUGCGCGUGCGACCAGGACGCGGCCCCGCAGCACGCGUGCGCCUUCUACACACACGUGCAGACCGUCCGCGGCGUGGCGGUGGCGUGGGAGACCGACAGCGGCUUCCAUCCCCAGCUCGGGGGCUGCAUUCACUUAAGAGAAGACACCCACCGUGACCUGUUGCAUGUUAGGAAGCCCCGCGUCCACGAGGCGCAGUUCAUCAAGAGGCAGCGGCGGAAAGGCUCGUCCUUCCAGAUGGCUUCCAACACCGACCUGCAGUGGGACCUGGAAGCCUGCAAGGACGACUGCUGCCCGGAGCUGGCGGACGCCGAGCUGCUGGGGCCGCUGGAGUGCUGCUGCCUGCAGGAGCUGCGGGCCCCUCCGGACUGGCUGGUCACCACGCGCCACGGGCUGCGCUGCAUGGCCUGCUGCCGGGUCUUCCCGACGCUGGAGGCGCUGCUGGAGCACGCCCAGCACGGAGUCCACGAGGGCUUCAGCUGCCAGAUCUUCUUCGAGGAGAUGCUGGAGAGAAGGCGGGCUCGGGCCCAAGCGCAGGACCAACAGCUGGAGGGGGAGGAGGAGGAGGAGGAGAACCCCUCUGACAACAGUGCAGAUAGCAGGCCCCGGGGUCAGGCGCCUGAGCCACCGCAACAGACGACGCAGUGAGCCCGAGCCGCGGUGCCCGCCCCGCCCUCACCCCAGCACCUGGGGCUGCCCCUUCCCUGGCCAGCAGGAACCUAGCACUAGGCCAGGAGAGAGGGCCAGGGUCGCUGGGGAAAGGAAUUCCCCGGAGUGCAGAGCAGCGACACAGCAGCCAGGAAGGAGCCCUUCCCAGGGCACAGCAUUCCGACCUGAGUCCAUUUCAAAACCGGGGUCCAAAGAAGAGGGCUUCAAGUGUUCCCCACGGUGGGCACUGACCUGGCGCAGUGAUUUCUGCUUUUGCGGGGUCGCACGGUCCCGCCUGCUGUGGAAGUAAACGUGACUCCGGAGAGCCAACCACUUGAGCUCCCCCUAUUUUUGACAAUGUUGGGAAUGUGCUGUUCUAUGUCUUAUGUUAUGGGAUUAAACUUGAAUAACUCAGAAUUGAAGGCGGUGAGGAAUUGAGUGAAUCAUGUCUGCUGGGGAGCCUGGAAGCUGCCAUUUCUGUAGGUCACAUGCUAACAACACAGCUUUCCGGCAGAGGUGGGGGCCCAGGAGGUCCGCGGCUGCGAGUUCA